AUGCCGCGGGGCGUCCUACGCGUUCCCUUCGCUUUGUUGCUGCUGCGUUUGCUUCCCCUACUCCAAGCCGGAGACCUCCCGACCACGGAUGUCAUGUCUUCCAGCAACUGCAUCGAUGCCAAAAAACUGUGCCUGACUGACUCCACUUGCAGUACCUCCUUCCUUGACUUGGAAAACUGCUUUCUAGCCUCAGCAACUCGGAAGCCUGAAAACUGGGAGAGCUGCUUGGAGACAGCGCAGCAGCUUCAGAAUAGCUCUCUGGGCAGCUGUACGUGUGAUUGGCGCAUGAAGAAUCAGAACGCCUGUCUGGCUAUCUACUGGACCAUCCACACUGCUUAUGGCCUUGGUUACUAUGACUUGAGGGGCUCACCAUAUAAGGAAACUGUGAUCAGCAGAUUCAGGAAAUUUAAUCAUCUGGACUCGUUUGAGUCAGGCUCCAUGUCCCAAAGCAGCCCUGAUCUCUGCCUGAAGUCCACCACUCUGUGCACCCUGAAUGACAGAUGUAACAAGUUGCGCCUGGCCUAUGGGGAGGUCUGCUCGGUGGCUCGAUGUCAGCCCCUAAGGUGUCAGCAGGAGCUCCGUGUCUUCUUUGAGCAGGUAGCAGACAAAUAUGCCCAAGCACUUCUAUUCUGCCCUUGUGAUGAUGGGGAUGAUGCCUGUGGGGCACGACGGCGCAACACCAUUGCCCCCAGCUGUGCCUCUCCAACCAGAGAUCCCCUCAACUGUCUGGUGCUUUGGAAUACCUGCCUUCAAGACUUGCUCUGCAGAUCCCGCCUGGCUGAUUUUCAGAUGCACUGCCGUCACACAGACCUUCUGGGGCCCUGUGUGGGAAUACAGCCCCAACGGUGCCUGAAGGCAUAUAUGGGCUUGAUUGGUACUGUUAUGACCCCCAAUUACGUCAGCAACCUUAGUGCUAAUGUUUCUUUGAGCUGUUCCUGCCGGGGAAGUGGGAACCAACUAGAAGAAUGCAUUCAUAUACAGGAAUCCUUCUCCAGAAAUCCCUGCCUCACCAAGGCUAUUGAAGUUCAGAUGCAAGUUCACCACCCGCUGCUUUCCAAAAGCUUCCCCACUACCACCUCUCAGGACAACUUUCAAGGCCUGAAGGGUUCCUCUUAUUCUGUGGCUAUAUCCCAGAGUAACGGUCUGGCUGGAAGACUGCAACCCUGGGUCCCCACCAUCUCCUUGAGCUCCCUGACUUUGGUUCUGCUCCUGCUCCCUGUCCUUGGCCACUUGUAA